AUGCAUUAACCUUAGAAAUAACCAAAAUCACCUUUCAAACAAACUGAGAAUAUUGGAAAUGAAUACUAAUCUAAAAUUCAAAGAGAGGAUAUCUACAACUUUAAAUUUGAUAACUAGAGUAAAUAGAAAGCCUAGGAGUAGUGCUUAAAAAAAGAAGUUGGCAAAUCAAAAUUACAGGAUAAGUUACCCAUUAGCAAAUCUGCUAUUGGAAAUUAAUAGCAAUAAAAUACAGAAUUUUAACAUAUUCCAAAAUAACCAAUAAAUUAACCAAAAAAGGAUAUUUAAAAGCAGAACAAAACCAAAAAAAGCAAUACCAAGAAACAAUAAAGUCAAUAAUAUUUACCGAAAUUGAAUAAAGAGAAAAAAAAGCCUUUUGAUUAUAAUCUUAUUUAAAAAUCAGGUAAUGUUGAAAAACAGAAGAAAUCUGAAGAUAAUAUUAAUAAAUUUAAUGAAUAGAAUUAGGAUGUCAAAAUAGGUAAUCAAGAAAUAAAUAUCAACAAUAAUGAAGAAACAAAUACCAACAACAUUGAAGAAAUAUAGACCAACAAUAGUGAAAUACCUUAGCAAAUUAAUUAAGACGAAUACAAAGACGAAAACUAGCAAUUAAAUAUAAAAUUUCAAUCAAAUGAAGCAAGACUACAAAAAACUAUAAAAAUGAUUAAAAAUCUACAAAAUAUAUCAUCAAAUAAACGACAUAUGGAAGAAAGAGAGACGGAGGACUUCAACUCUUUAUGUAAACAGUAUUAAAUUCAGAAAUUAAUGCAAAAAUAAAAUUUAAAAUAGCAUUGCAAUAGUAUUUAGUUUGUAAGGGGAGAUGGAAAUUGUUUUUAUACUGCAUUUGGGUAUCAAUUAUUGAAACAUUUACUAUGUACUUUCAGUAAUUCUUAAUCAAUAUGA